CUUUUGUGUUUCCCGCACCGUCAAUCAAAAAUAAGAAAAAAAUCGACUCGAAUCUCCGAUCACAGCCCGCCUUUGAUUAAAACAAUCAUGUUUGGAGUUUAAAUGAAAAGAUAAACCUCCGAUUUUUUACCUUUUCACGCUAUGACUGGUACGUAACACUUAGCCCGAUCGAAGCACAGCACCGCCGCCCCAGAACAGCCAGCGAAACAGCAGGAAAUGGCUGCCUUGGACGUGGACAGCAGUCAGAGUGACUUUCUGCAGACCGCCAGCGGCGCCCAGGACCAGACCACAGACCUCACAGCAAUCCAGUUGACGGGCUCCUCUGAUCGGUGGGAGGUUCUAACACCCGUUAGUUCAGCGAAAGACGAUACAACGGUAGUGCAUGUAUCCAGCGGAGGACUCCUGAGCAGCAAUGGGCAAUAUGUGGUGCCACUACAGACUAUGGCCGGGCAGACCCAGCCCAUUUUUGUUACAGCUGGUGUAGAUGGCACCAGUGCCAAUGGGGUGCAGUACCAGGUCAUACCGCAGCUCCAGGGGACGGAUGGGGCGUCAUUAAGCUAUGCAGCACACACUGCAGACGGAGGCACCCUGGGAGACAUUGCUAUCCUUCCGGAUGGAACGCAAGGAAUCGCCACCAGUGCUAAUGACCUCCAGGGCCUACUCAGUCAAGCAGGGCAUGUACAACAGAUUCCUACCGUCUCACUGGCCGGCUCAGGGUUUGGUGCGCAGGGCCAGGUUGUCGCUAACAUGGGGCUGCCAGGCAAUAUCACGUUGGUGCCGUUAAAUAGCUUGAGUAACAUGGAUCUCGAGUCCCUGGGAUUGGCUGGCGCUCAGACCAUUGCAACAAGUGUAACGGCAGAUGGCCAGCUCAUCAUGACCGGUCCCACCACUGCAACAAGUGAGAACCAGGGUGAAAACGGAGGUGGAAAAUGUGCCGAGCACCUCAACGCCAACAAUGCUAAUGCCUUCGUGCCAACGACCACCUCUUCUACAACGACGUCGCUGCCCGAAACAAUAGACGGGACCGGAGUUCUCACGCAAGCUACUGCCGUGUCCGCCGGCCAGCAGGAUCCGUCCUACAUCCAGCAGAACCACAAUGCUGGCACCGAACCGGUAGUGCAACUUUUACCUGCACAGUCGGCAGAUGGAUCAGCGCAGACACUACAAAGCGUGCAGCUGCUGAAUGCUGGUACAUUUCUAAUUCAAGCCCAAACCGUCUCUCCCACCGGGCAAAUCCAGUGGCAGACCUUCCAGGUCCAGGGAGUUCAGAACCUGCAAAAUCUACAGCUGCCGACUGCUGGUGGGGUCUCGUCCCCUCAGAUAACCCUUGCCCCGGUGCAGACCCUUUCUCUUGGGCAGUCUGGUACCACGGGGGGAGUUGGUCAGAUCCCGAAUCUUCAGACAGUUACAGUCAACUCUGUUGGUCAGUACCAGCAAGAUGAUAACACAGAAGGCCACUCGGAUAUUCAUAUUAAAGAAGAGCCUGAGUCAGACGAUUGGCCAAAUUCCACACUGAACCCCAGUGAUUUGUCACAUCUUCGUGUGCGGUUGGUUGAGGAGGAUAUGGAUGGGGCAGGGCAAGAGGGAAAGAGGCUGCGUAGGGUAGCCUGCACGUGUCCUAACUGCAAAGAGGCUGGAGGAAGAGGUUCAGGUAUGGGGAAAAAGAAACAACACAUUUGUCAUAUCCCAGGGUGCGGUAAGGUGUACGGUAAGACAUCUCACCUGCGAGCUCACCUGCGCUGGCACUCAGGAGAGCGACCCUUCAUUUGCUCAUGGAGUUACUGCGGAAAGCGGUUCACCCGCAGCGACGAACUCCAGCGUCACCGCAGAACACACACAGGAGAGAAGAAAUUUGUGUGUCCAGAGUGCUCAAAACGUUUCAUGCGCAGCGACCAUUUGGCCAAACACAUUAAAACUCACCAGAACAAAAAAGGGCUAAACACCAACGCUGUGGCUGGUCAGACAGACGGUGCACCCCCCUCGGACACCAUCAUCACGGGGGGUGGAGCCACACUUAUCCUGACCAAUCUGCAACAGGCUGGCGCCCAGGACCUCCUUUCAAACUCCGACCUCCCGCUCCAGCUGGUCACUGUGUCUGCCAGUGAAGUUAUGGAGUGAACGCAAUCCCGCCCACUUUCACAGCUCGUCUGCUUUUCACUAUCAAUUUUUAUAUAUAUGAUAAAUAUAUAUAUAUAUUAUAAAUAUAUAUAUUUUAAAAAUGACUUAUCCAUUUAAGUUCAAUAGCAGUCUUUUGUACGAGCAAGGCAAAAAAAUGACAUUAAAUGUGGUUCCAGUUUCCACGCAUACACAUACACGCAAGCAUCUACGUGCUCAUGUGAACUCGCUCUCGUACAAACAAAAAGACAUACACGGAAAUGCCUUAUUUUGUAUCAUAACCUGUAGUAUAAAAUGCUGGAGUUGCAUGUGUUUUUACUUUUGCUCAUGUAUUUGUUCAGGGGCCGAGCAUUUGAGAGAGUGUUUUGUGAAUUGGACGUUAUGGUACACGGAAAGCCAGGAUAUGUGCGUGUUUGAGUGAGUGAUGUCAGGGAGGCUCUGUGAGAAUGUUGGCAGGAGGAGGACACGGUCCGCUGCGAGGGAAACUUACUCAUGAUCUGUCCAUUUUAAUCCCAUUCCCUCUCAGCUGGCCUUCGUCCAAUUGUGUCUUCGCUCUGCAUUUAUUUUAUUUGAUGUCAUGUUAUUGGUCUUUGCGCUCUUGGUCUUGUCCUCCGGAUCAUGUUGGAGGGAUUUUCUGUGUCUGCCACCCACGUGCAACUCAAACAAGACAUCAGGCAGCGAAUGCAAACACAAUCGUGUAAUAAACUUUCUUUUCUUGUAUCGUUCUUAUUGCUCUUCAGAUUAUACCUAUAACAUUCAUAACGUCUCUUCUUCCGUUUCUUUUUGUUUUCUUCAGCCCCAAGCUGUUUAUAGCCACAAUUUAUGUAGUCUAAUAUUGAUUCUGUUGUAUCAAAGACUCCUCAUUUUGAUUACUUUUUAAACAUGUAAAAUUUGAUGUUACUUUUGUACAACUUCUUUCUUUAAAUGGAACACAAUUAAAGACAGAAACCUU